AUGACGGCAGGCGCCGCUUAUGCCUUGCUGGAGGGAUCCUACAAGGAGGGCUCCAAGACCACCGAGAAGAAACUCACUACAUGCCCUCUUCUGAAGAUCCCUAUCGAGAUCCGCAUGAAGAUUUACCACCUUGUUCUGAAGAUCUCCGGCUUUCGCCUGCUUGUCGGUACUAGAUCGCUCUCUGUCUACGACGACAAGGUCCCCAUUUGGGAAUCUCGCUCUCAGAACGCCCUUACAAUGCCACCUCUCAACGACUUCCNNCUUGCAUUGCUCUCGGUGAACAAGCAGAUCUACAACGAAGCCAUGCCCGAGUUCUACUACGAGAACCACUUCCAGUUCAGAGACAUGGGCAGCAUGAGAAACUUUCUUCACAACAUUGGCCCUGAGAGAAGAAAGCACAUGCGCAAUGUAUCUGUCUACUACGACAACUUGUCUGCCGCUGCAGCUGGAGCUAGGCUCCUCACUGAGUCUGACACUCUUCAAAAGCUCACUCUGACCAUCUCGGCCACUCAGGACCCUGCCGGACACUUCACUGUGAACUCUAGCCGCCGCAGAUUCUCGUCUCUUACCCAGAUUCCUGGCUUCACGUCCAUGAAGCGCCUUCGCGGUGUCCAGCAGCUUACCUUCAACCCCAAGCUUAAGUACGAAGUUGUUGAGACUUUCCUGCGUCCCAUCAUCACCCAGCCCAAGUCUUCCAGAGUUAUCAAGAAGACCAAGAAGAUUGCCAAGCGCAAGUCGGAGUUCGACCACGAGAACCCUACCGCAAAGAAGUCGAAGAGUGGUUGA